ACCAUUCACUCACCAGCUCGCUCUGCGAAGAGGAGCAGCAGCAGGAGCCGCAGCCGCGCAGCCUUCCCUGGGGCGUAUAUUUCGGUUUCUCGGGCAUUUGAGCAGAAGGAUUCCGGUCCGGCUGAUGAAACCUGCCCCUCGCCUCGCUGCCCACCUCCGGAGAAUGUCUCGGAGCGCGAGGACGGCCGCAGCGUGAACUCCGCCGCGCGCAUCAACUUCUCACCGGGGAGCGACGGCACGCGCGGACCCGCCGGCGAAUUAAAGUUAACGAAGAUCGAGAAAACUAGUUGGAGUUGUCGCCUGAAAAUACGAUUACCCGCGGGGUUUUGGUCGGAUUUCUGAGUCAGGACGGCUGUUCACCAGGAUAACAGGUUCUCGGGAGCGCACCCUUUAAUAUUUGAAGGCUGAAAUUCGUUAUUUAUUUGUCACUUUUUUUUCUCUAUCUCUGCCUGGAUUUUAUUUCGGACUCCUGAUAAUCACCCAAAUCUGCGCCACGCGCGACUUUUUUCACCCCCACCAUCCGUCCUCCCUCCAGUCCGGAGAGAAUGAGGUGUCGCUGGGUGAAGCAUGAGCCGUCAGAGGAUCAGUCAUAAGCGGCUGUCUCUGCUAUGGAAGGGGCUGGCGGUCCUCAGCCUGUGGCUAUGCUGCGGCUGGACCUCCGGGGUGGCCGGCCAGGGCGAAGGCGCCCCCGGCUCCCUGGAGUGGCUGCUGUCGGAUAAAGGACCCUUCCACCGGUCGCUGGAGUUCCAGGAGGCGCUGGAGAGAUACCAGCAGGGCUUCAGCACUCGGUAUAAAAUCUAUAGGGAGUUUGGUCGAUGGAAAGUAAACAGCCUGGCGGUGGAGAAGCGGGACAGUUUUGGUGGCAGCGGCGGUCUGGCUUUGCCCCUCGACCCCGACCUGAUGCACACCAUCCGCCAGCUGGGGAGGCGGCCCACCCUCCAGAUGAUUACAGAGAGUCUAAUCAAGAAGUACGGCACCCACCUCCUGCUCUCCGCCACCCUGGGAGGGGAGGAGUCUCUGACAAUAUUUGUGGACAAAAGGAAGUUGAGCCUGGAGUCAUCGCCCGUGGGGGCCGACGGCGGCGGCGGUAGGGGCUCCAACACGACGGGAGCGGUGACUCUGGAAGCCCUCCACCAGCUGGCCGCUUCCUACUUCACGGACAGAGAGAGCACCCUGCGCAGGCUCCACCACCUGCAAAUAGCCUCCACCGCCAUACGGGUGACUGAAACUAGAACCGGGCCUCUCGGCUGCAGCAACUAUGACAAUCUGGACACGGUCAGCUCCGUUCUGGUUCACAGUCCUGAAAACAAGGUUCAGCUGCAAGGGUUGCAGGUGAUCCUUCCUGGUUACCUACAGAGCCGUUUCAUUCAGGCGGCCCUCAACUACAUUGGCUGCAAGUCAGAGGGACAGUUUGUCUGCCGCAACAAUGACUGCUGGUGCGAGUGCGGUGCGGACUUCCCUCAGUGCAACUGUCCUCACUCUGACCUGGACACUCUGGAAAAUAGCCUGCUGCACAUCAGAGAUGCGCUGAGGCUGUCCAACAAGGACUUUGAGGAAUCUGAGGAGUUCCGAGGCUUCGUUGGGAAGCUGCCAGUCCUCUACGCUGUGAACACAUCUGUCGUGGAGCACUUGUGGCGCACGGACGGCGGCCUGCUGCAGCGCCAUAGGCAGCUGGAAACCAGCAGCAAGCAGCUCCUGGCCAGAGCCCGCCGCACCACUAACAAGCUCUUCAGCCUCAGCAGGAGGUGCCGAAAGCCGCCGAGGAUUAUCCUGCCGAGGCCGAGGUCCCUGCACUUCUGGUUGAACUGUGCUCUCUCCACGCUGUACUGCAGCGAGAACAAGCAGGUGGGCGUUUACAGCGAGAGGAGCCGCAGCUGCUCCUGUCCCUACGACCACCUGCCGUGCCAGGGGCCGCUGCCCUGCUCCGUGGGCGACGGCCCCCGCUGCGCCUCCUGCUCUGCCGAGAACCGGACCCGGUGCGCCGGCUGCAACCCGGGCUUCACCCUGACCCAGGGGGCCUGCCGCCCCGCCGUGCCCGACCCCACCGACCCUUACCUGGGCAUGGAGAGCGACAGAGACCUGCAGGACCUGGAGUUGCGCUUCCUGAUGCAGCGCCGCGACCCGCGCCUCGCGCUGCACGGCGUGUUUGUGAGCAACGACGUGCGCAUCAACACCUGGUUCGACCCCUCGUGGAGGAAGAGGAUGCUGCUCACGCUCAAGAGCAACCGAGUUAAAUCCAACCGGGUCCACCUGCUCCUGGGACUCGCCCUGCAGUUCUGCCUCACCAGGAACAGCACCCUGGAGCCCACCCUGUCGCUGUUCGUCAACCCCUUUGGGGGCAGCCAUUCUGAGAGCUGGACCAUGCCGAUCGGUCAGCACGGAUAUCCCGACUGGGAGCGCACCAGGCUGGACAUCCCGCUGGACUGCUACAACUGGACGCUGACUCUGGGAAACAGGUGGAAGAGCUUUUUUGAGACCGUCCACUUCUACCUGAGGAGUUACAGCAGGGACUCGGUGGGAGGGAGCAAGAACGCGAGUCUGUACAGUGAUCCACCUGAGGACCCGGAGCCGUCCAGCAACGUCGGCUACAUGAAGGUGAACAGCAUGCAGCUGUUCGGGUACAGCGUGCACUUUGACCCCGAAGCCAUCCAGGACCUGAUCCUGCAGAUAGACUACCCGUACACUCAGGGAUCCCAGGACUCGGCCCUGCUGCAGCUGGUGGAGCUGCGUUACCGCGUCAACCGCCUGUCUCCACCGGGGGCGCCGCACGUGGACCUGUUCGCCUGCCUGCUCCGUCACAGGCUCAAGCUGUCCGGCGCCGACGUGGCGCGGAUACUCACUGCCCUGCAAGCUUUCAGUGCCAAACAUCCAAACUACACAGAGUACGAGGCGAAUAAGCUGUGCAGCUAAUGGCCUCGCCACGCAAUGUUUUUCUUUUUUUACUGUUUUCUCGGCACAGACAAGACUAGUAUCCACGGGCAGCAGGAUCAUAUUGUGUCGUGUGUGUGGUAUGUUGUUUACGGCUGUGCUGUACAUACACAACGUGCAAUUAAAUUUGAUGGGUUUUUAAAAAAAUA